GCCUUAUUCUCCUCUCUUUCAUUUGAGCUUUGAGUCCAAAAUUUCAAGCUUUUUUUCAACACAAGGAAUCAUGGGUCAUUUUUGGGAGUUUUUGACGUAUGUCCACUCAUUAUCUGGGCCUUGCGUCAUGUUGCUAUACCCCUUGUAUGCAUCAGUUCAAGCCAUUGAGACCGCAAACAAGCUUGAUGAUGAGCAGUGGUUGGCUUAUUGGAUCUUCUACUCAUUUCUAACGCUAUUGGAGAUGGUGGCUGAGCCCAUAAUAAAAUGGAUACCAAUUUGGUACGAGGUGAAGGUUUUGCUAGUGGCAUGGUUAGCGCUACCCCAAUUUAGAGGGGCAGCAUUCAUAUAUGACAAGUUUGUGAGGGAGCAACUAAGAAAACAUGGUUUUGAAGGAAAAUCAGCAUCUUCAUCGAUGCCGUCGCCUUCGAAGAAGAAGAACAAAUUUAUUAGCCUUGUUACUUCGAAGAAGGGGGAGCAGGAGGCCUACUGAUGAGCAGGAGUUCAUGAGGGGAUUUUGUUUUCAGUUGUCGAACUUUAUCUCUAGUUUUAAUUUCUUUUUGUCGUCAUGGAAUGAGAUAUAUAUAUUAU